AUCCGCCGCGCCGUUGUUGCCGGGCGGGUUGCGGGGGUGAAGCGUCUGGGGCGGUGCCCGGGAGGCAGCGGGGUCGUUUUGUCCCGUCCCGUCCCGUCCCGAUGUCGUUCCUGUUCAGGAGAGGCCGCCCCGGCCCCUUCAAACAUAUAGCUCAUGGCCUGGUCCCUGCUGCCACCAUAGCUCCUAAACCUGCAGUUCCCCGCACCCCUCCCCCUCGUAGUCCAAACCCUUCUCCAGAAAGGCCCAGGUCUGCUCUGGCAGCAGCAAUCCUUGCCACAGCACUCACAGGGCGCACUGUUGCUAUUCCUCAGCCUCGGCAGAGAUCCCUUUCUGAGAGUGAUUCCACCUCUUUGGAACAGGAAGGGUUUGAACCAUAUGCAACAGUGACCCAGCUCAGAAUAGGGUCCACCUGGAAACUUGAUGGUUGUGACAAAUCUCCUGUACAGUCCCUGGAAACAUCAGGCCACUAUGGUGAAGAUGAGGACAUGGAUACCUAUGUCUCAGAUGCUGAUAAAGAGGCAGAGUCCAGCUGUCAGAGUAAUGAGAAGAGGGAAGAAAGCUUUAGCACAAAUGCUGUUUAUGCUGUUCCCUGCAAAAAUAAAAAGGAAGAGUUUCUACCAUCUCCCACCUCUAACAGUGACAAGAAAGAGGUUCCUUCCCAUGAAGCUGAGUCUCAGGUGGUGGUGGAUAAAUCAACUUUGCAAAUAGAAGCAGAAGACCAACAUCUUGGCUUGAACUUAAAGGAGGAAAAACCAUUAGCUGAAAAUCUGAUACGUGAAAAACCUCCACCAUCCCCAGAUGUGUCUGUUCGGGCAAGGCAAACAUGGGAAAAUAUGACUAAAGAAAAGUUCAGAGAACUAAAACAAGAGAAGUGGUCUCUGAGCAAGGCAUACCAGGCUGUGGUGCAGCAGCUGGAGGGAACAAAACAGCAAAUGGAAGAGCAGCAGUUAAAGCUGAAGAAACUAGAACAAGAAAACAGAAGGCUUAAAGAAGCUGCAGAGGACUCACAUAGAGAAGAGGAGGCAACAGAAUUACUUUCUCUCAGGCAACAAGCACAAGAACUGGUAGAUGAAAAUGAUGCUUUGAAAAUGGUGGUUCAUCGUUUAAAUGUAGAAUUAAGUCGCUAUCAAACUAAAUUCAGGUCAUUGUCCCAAGAAGAGCAUGUAAAGCUUAAAGGCUUACCCAUGAAAGGACCACCACCACCAUGGCUGUUGGAUAUGAAGUAUUUGUCACCUCUUCUGUUGGCUUAUGAAGACAGAAUAAGAGAAAAGGAAGAUUUUAUUCUUGAGCAUGAGGAGGAUAUGAAGAAUUUUAAAGCACGAGUUGAAGAGCUGGUGAAGGAGAAUGAAAACCUGCAUGAGCGAUUAAAUAAAAAUAACUUCAUUACCUCAACAGAAUGGCAGCAGCUACAAACUCAAGCCAAGCUGGUCUUGGAAGAAAAUGGAUUGUUGAUGGAGCAGCUCAAAAUCCAACAAGCUAAAGCAAAAGAUAGUCACAGGCAGCAUGUGCAAGAAGCUUCAAAGUUGACCAAACAGAUAGUAAUCUUAGAAGGGAAGAAACAAAGCCAAGAAGAAGAGAUAGCAGAGUACCAGAAGCAAUUAGAAGCUUUGUGUUCUACUUGUGAAGAACUGAAAGCCAGAGUGGAGAGCAGAAUAGCAGCAGAGGAGCAUUUGGCUUUGGUGAAUGAUUUAAAGAGACAGUUGCAGGAGGAGCAGGAGAAGAAGCGCUGUGAGGUGGAAGAUGUGAUGGGAAGGGUCACAUCACUGAGAGCUGAGAACCAGAAACUGCUCCUGGAGAAAAACAGCUGCCUGGCUGACAACAAGGCCCUGCAAACUGAAAUGGAAGUGACACAGAAGACAAACAGGCGACUAAAGAAGAAAAUAGGUGUUUUACAACUGCAGCUGGAGGAAGUGAUGGAAAAAGAAGUUAUAGCCCAUUAUUACCUAACAAACCUUAUUGGUCUGGUGGAGAAGAUAGCUCAGGAACGUGAUCACCUUGUAUCUUUGGCCAGAUGUUUGGAAAAUGAGAAGCAGGGUGUUCUCAAUAAAAUGAUAGAAGGCAGUCUACGCUUAGGGAGACUGGAAGAGAAAGUUAAGGUGUAUAAAAAGAAAGCAGCUGGGAAGCUUGGAGAUAUCAAUCUCAAGAUGACUGAGCAGGAGAAGGAAUUUGCUGGGAAGACAGCUCGGUAUGAGCAGGAAAUGAAGCACCUCCGGCAUCUGCUGCAAGACAAGCAGGAAACCCUGGAGGAAGUGCUGGAGCAGAAGAGGAAAACGGAAGGGGAACUUGAAAUCAUUUGGGAAGCCACAACCAAAGAAAACAGGAGAAUGAGAGAACUCUUACAUAAAUCCCUGAGGAAGAACACCACGUGGAAUGCUGGCACAGCUCAUGAGCCACACUUUGAUGAAAGCUCUCAGAAGGACCUAGUUUACAGACAUGAUUUUAGCUAUUGUGAUGUGAAGACUUCAUCCCCUACUAAAAAUGAAUUUCAAGAAGAGUCUCAGUGAUAAGAAUCUGCAUCUCAUCAGAAAAAGAGAACUCAGUGCCUGAAUUUGACUUUCUCAGCAACACAAGAUAUGAUGGAACAUUUCCCCCUUCAAAAUGACUGGAUUUUUAAGGUCAUAACAAUGACAACAGCAUAUUCUCCAGCUGUGCCAUCAAUAGGGUAAAUCCAGCCUGAAAUAUUACUUUAAUACUUGAAGAAAAGGCUAUUCCUUGUUAAGACAAAAUGUGGUACAGCUUUAAGUUAACAUGAAAAGACAAGUAACCAGUUAACAGGAUAAAAUCUGACUGUGGAGCAGCCAGGACUGAAGCAUCCUCCUGAUAACUGGUGAUACCUGAAUGCACAACUGUCCACUCCACAGGUUUACAGGAGCCCAGGUGUUGGGAAGCUCCUGCUGGAGUUUUGCCAAGGGGAUGAGUUGCCAACACAGGGUGCAGUUCUCCAGAUUGUCUUGUUCAUUCUGCUUCAAAAGCCACCUUUCUUCCAGAGCAUUCUCUGCAGCAGUGACAGCCUUUAGAUUAUUGAUGCCUAUUUGUCUGAGCUUUCAUAAUUGCUGAUUUUUCACAGUUUUGCACAUCAGCUUUGUAGUACUAUCUGUUAGUAUGAAAUAACUUGAUUUUGGAUUUACUUAUAACUUGCUGGAUCAGCUUUUUGCUUUUCCUUCAUUUUCAUGACAAAACCUAAAUGGUACCAGGAAACUGUAGCAGUACAAAAAACCUAUAACUCUCAUAGUUGUGUAAUAUUAAAAAUAAUGAAGAAUUUCAUUGGCUUUGACCAAAGUUAAGGAAAAGAGCAGAAAACCAAGUUAAAUACCAAAAGGAACACACUGUUUGUGUCCAGAAAGGUUCCUGUGGUAUUUUCCUUCAGGGUAAGGCCAUGACUCAGCAGAACAGCAUUAUUCAGGUCAGGGUGGAGAGAGCACCUUCUCUCAUAUCAUCUCUCAUAUCUCUCACACCUCGAUGGGAUGGGUGGAUGUAGGGCUUUUAAAGCCCUGUUUCUUUGACAGGAAUAAAACAAGUGCAACAACCUUACUGGCUCAUCAAGAGAGCACUGCAGCAUCCAAGGUCACUCAGGCACUAUCACCACAAUCUCACAGCACCACUAUCUCAAGGUCUCCAUGCAGACUUAACAAGAACUCCACCUUCAAAUCCUUUCAUUCCCCUGGCUUUUUCAACUUGAUUGUUUUAGGACUCUCUGCCUCAAAAUAGCACCCAGAAACUAUUUUUAAACAUGGCCUAAAUCCCUUUGUUAAUAUGUGAAGUUGUCAGGGGAAUGGUCUGUUGCUAAACCAGUUCUGUCUCCUGUCUUCCCUGAAUUUUUUCAAAACUGAUUUGAAAUGUCAGGUGUGAAAUACCUCUUCAGACAAGUCAGACACAGGCAACACAAACACGGGCAAUACACUCCCCUGCUUUCCACACAAGCUCCAAUCUGCAGGUGUCCUUACAGGGACCCUGAAAGAGCAUCCAGCAUGGCUCUACCCACAGUUUGUCAUGUUUUUGAAGGCAGAUUUUGAAAAUGAAGCUUCUCAUACCAUGUUUUUUAAUAUAAGCAUCUCUGAGUAUGAAAAUACAAAUUCUGAACUGCACAUGUAAAUUAUUUACACAUUCUCAUGGUUUUAAUUGCCCUUUUGAAUAUGUCUCAAGAGUUUGUAAAAAUAAGCAGCUUCAUGAGGAAAAACUAUCAUACUGGUAAUUCCUCAGAACUAGAAGCAAGACUUUCAAAACCCGUUCAAGUGUGAACCUGUUGGAAUUCUGCUUGGUUGCUACACAGUUAUUGAAGAGAACUCUACCUUAAACCCCCAGAACAUAAUGACAUUUUUAAAUCAUAGCUUUGCCUUGUUUCAUAAAUUUAGAUGCUACAAUAACGAAAUUAUGUGACUGUUUUAUUCUACUACAAAAACUCUACCCCUGCCAGGUUAUCAUUUUCUGUUACUCACCCAACAUCAGCAACUUGCUGUUUUCCCUUGACUACACAUGACAGAGUAUCCUGAUUCCCAUAUGUUCCACCUGCCUUUCAGUUACAGCAUCUUCCAGUCUGUAAACUGAGCCCAUGAAAUAGUUCCAGCUUCUUUUCACAAGGCAACAUAAAAGCAUGCAGCGUUCUUCCAUUCCUACCAAGAAACUGAGAAAACAGUUCAGGAUUUCUGGAUGUCAUGUUGGGGUUUUGUUGCUGAAUAGACAGAUAACUGACCAUAAUUUUCCCUAGAAAAACAUUUGGAUUAAAUAAUGUGAUUAUAUAUUAAAAAAACAAGCAUUGCUACCACCUUUCCAAAAGCAAAACCACAGGAGAGUCUGCAGUGAAGCUCAGUACUUCCAGUCCAUUUGCCAACUCCUGCUAAAAUAUAUCAGCAUUACUUCUUACUUCACUGGCAGAGCAGAGCAUCUCAUUUUCUGUGCUUCAGUUGUUGUGUAAAUAUGAGGGAGAGUCAGAUACUCAGCAGUCAAAUGUGUGUUCCAAUGUCCUGUGAACUGGCAGGGAAUUGGGCCAUCCUUACCUUAUCAUUUCCAGUUUCCAGAUAACUUCCCCCUGCCCAUUAACAAGUCAUUUAAACCCAGCUGUUUUCUUUUUCCCUACCUCUUUAAUUUCAAGCCAGAAAGGUGCUGUUAUCUUCCAGGCCAGAAAAUUCCGUUUCAGCAGCUCAGAAGAGAGAACCUCCUGAGACUUCUUCACCGUGAGAAAUUCCUCCUGGCACAUUAUAUUACAUCAGGAGUUCUAAGGGCUUUUCUCCUGGGACUACAAAUCCUUGGUUGGCCAGGCCUAACUCUUCCAUUUUAGGAGAGCUCUAAGUACUCAUCCUACUCCACAAAUUUAAUGUAAAUCGGUAUGAUAAAAAUUCCACAGUGUUAACCUGCUUGAAUCUAGAAAAGCAGAUGCAUUUUGAAGGCUUCUUUACCUUUAAAAAUAUGGUUUCUCAGCGAGUGAGCUCUCCAGAUUUUUUUUUUAGCCCUGAAUGUUUUUUUUCCUGUACUAGAUUUAUUUCACCAUACCUAUAUAAGCACAUGUUCAGAUAUAUAACAGAGAGAGAGAGAUAUUUUAGCAAUUAAAAUUGUUUUAUACCUCAAAUGUCUGGAUUUGGUAAAAAUAAAAUGAAGCUUCAAAAGUAGCACAGAACAUCACAACCUCCACGGAGUGCUUGAGUAUUCACUGCUUCCUUCCUCAGCUGGAGGUGGGCAGAUGCUCUUCCAAAGCCAGUGUGAUCUGGAAAUCCCUCCUUAGUUAAAGGCUAGUGGAAUGCAACCUGAGUUUUGGACUCAAAAAGGAGAUCAAAGCCAGGACUGGUUCUUCAAAGGGAAAAAGGUGAGGAGCUGGCUGUGCAUGAGAGGAAUCGCUGACUCUGAUCAGGCUUUGAAACACUGGGGAAAACUGAAAUCUUUGAAGAAAACCAGCGUGACAUACUCAAGCUAAUUUUCUUCAGAGGCCAUUAAAAUUCCUUCAGAACGUCCUUAAGAAGAGACUCCUUGAUUUUUUGUGACCUUUUGGAUAGAAAACCAUACCCAGCCUUUAGAAGUUUAUCAAGAGUCUCUGAACAGCUGUGCUUAAAAAAUACAUGAGACAAACAAAAAAUCUGUCUUUAGACUAAAGACUGUGCAGGUCUAGUACAAAACCUUUAGCAAACCUGAAAAGCUUUUCAAAAGCUUAUUUGUCACAGAGACAAAAGCAACUGCACUGUAACCAAAAACUGAGUAGGGAAAAAAUAAGGGUAUUUAGAUCCCAUCUGCUCUGUGAGCAUUAGGAACUACAGUCAUCUAAUAUUUUCUGUUGACUCCCACAAGAUGCAAAAAUCUUGCAAGCCAGUGGCAUCACCACAGCUAUUAAAAAAGACUGUUUUCUUAAAUUCCACUUGCAGCAUUCCUGCAAUUACUCAGAAAAAAAAAAAUGCUUUUAAGGAUGACAGGAGUGAGAUCACAUCUCAGGGCACAUCUGUGAACGGUGGGAUUCAAAGAAGAGCAAAUGCAAGGGAACAGCCUGGUGCUCUGAUGAAGUAACCUGUGAGCAGCAAGGUUAGAAUGGAAAGUAUCCCCUCUGAGAUACUGCUAAGCUACAAUUAAAAGCUGCUGGUUAGGAUGAUCCUCAUUUGCUUUAGUAUUGGUCAAAGCAGAAUGUGCUUUAAAGCAAUAAAAUACCAACCCUGACAAAUAUUAACCUUUAUUAUUAGUGGCUAGUGAUAAUAAAAGGUGUAUUUAUACACUGUGGCGUUGCCAUUUCCCGAAUUAAAGUUGAAAAUUACUUUUUACGAUUUAAUUGGUAAAUAGCAUUUAAAAGGUUCAAACUGCAGUGUUUAAAUAGGAACAGCCUGCACAGUGUUUGCCCCUCUAGUCCCUUGGAGUUUGAACUCCUUAUCACUUCAUCUGUGUGAGAUCCUUAUCUCUUCGUCCCUAUUUGAGAGGGAAGGAAUCUUUUCCCACGGCUGUAAAAUGCCAUUUCUCUUGUCCCUGAAGAAAAUAACAUUGGAAUCCUUGAAAUCAAUGUUUAUUUUUUCCUUCAGUGGCUGAGGAAAAGAAGGAUUGCUGGUAGAAUUGCAACUCCUUUCAUAAGUUUACCAAGGCAUUCCAAAAAGAUUAACCCUUAAAACAAAAUUAGACCAUAAAUGAAGAUGCUUUCCUAUUUUAUAGGGAAACACAGACUAGUUAAGGUCACCUCUUGAACAGGUGGGAACUCUCCAGAUCCACAUUCCAGGUUAACUAAAGAAGCCAACUGCUUAGGCAAAAACUCAAACACCAUAUUUUCAAUGCUACCCCUAUUGUCUCUGAAGAUACAAAGUGGAAUAAAGAUCUGAUGCAGAAAGAAAAGGCAAGCAAAACAUCUGCACAAAAAACCCAAAGAUCGUUACACAAAAAAAAAAUCCUAAGCAAAACUUCACUUAACACAGCAUUAAAGAUGACAUAUUCCAUUAUCUUUUCAUCAAAAUUACGUAUGUGUUUUUUCCUCUUUUUGUUGGUCUGGAAAUUCCAGGGUAGAGUUAAUGUGAUGCUUCAUUUUGAGGUCAAAGUCAGCCCCAGAAUAUGACCCCCCCCUUCUUUUUUGACAUUAACUAUUUCAAUAGUCUCUGUGUGGCAUUUCAGGAAUGAUAAAAAUAUUAUAAAUCUUCAUUUCAAAAUUAUCAGCUGUAGAGAACACAGAAGUACAUGACAUAAUAUCCAACCCCAAACGAGGGAGCUGAAGUCGAGGGAUAUGAAAACAUUAUCUUAUUUAACCCUAUGUCAGAAUUGCAAUGAAAAAUAUUGUCAAAGACCUUGUAAAAGAUGCAAAAAAAGAAAUAAAUACCUGCCUUUUCA